UGUAACUAGGCCACUAUUUCCAACAAAGUGGUAUCAGAGCUAGUUUGUGAGAGAGAGAAGAAAUGGCAAACAAUUCGGUUCCAUUUCAAAUGCCUCGAUUCACCAAAGAUAACUAUGAAAAUUGGUGUAUCCGUAUGAAGGCAAUUUUGGGAGCACAAGAUGUGUGGGAAGUUGUUUCCAAAGGUUAUGAUGAGCCAGAAGAUGAGGCAACUUUGUCUCAAGCCGAAAAAGAUGUUUUACAAGCCAUGAGAAAGAAGGACCAAAAGGCGGUGAUGACCAUCCAUCAAUGUUUGGAUGAUGGAAUGCUACAAAGAGUUGCUAGUGCAGAAAAUGCAAAGCAACUAUGGGAGAUUCUUCAAAAUUCCUUCCAAGGAGUUGAUAAAGUGAAGAAGGUUCGCCUCCAAACGUUACGGGGUGAAUUUGAAGCAUUGCAUAUGAAGGAAUCUGAAUCAAUUUCAGAUUAUUUUUCGAGGGUCCUGGCUAUUGUAAAUCAACUAAGGAGAUAUGGCGAAACCACCAUGACUGAUACAAGGGUCGUUGAAAAGAUCCUUCGGUCGUUGGAUUCCAAAUUCAACUACAUUGUUGUAGCCAUUGAAGAGUCAAAGGAUUUGGAUUCCAUGACUGUUGAUCAACUCAUGGGUUCGUUGCAAGCUCAUGAAGAAAAGGUGGUGAAGAAACAAGAAGCAUUGGAGCAAGUGCUACAAACAAAGUUUUCGUUGAACGAAAGAGACGAAAAACAUGGAGGAAAUCAAAGGGGCCGAGGACGUGGAAAUGCACGUGGCCGAGGAAGAGGAAGAGGCCGUGGAAGAGGAGAAAGAAGCGGUCAACACACAACCAACAAUGAAGAAAAAAUCCAUGACUCACAACAAAUAAGAAGGUUUUUCAAGUUGCAAAAUCAAGUUUAA